AUGGGUCUGCUCUGGGGAGUCACCGUCCGAGCGGAGGACGCAGAUGCGGAGGACGAGGACGAGGAUGAAGAAGACUUCCCAGAAUCCGUCCACGUUCUGAAAGACGGCACGUUCGACGACUUCGUGAAGAGCCACGAGCGCGUGCUCGUGGAGUUCUACGCGCCGUGGUGUGGGCACUGCCAGCAGCUGGAGCCCGAGUACAACCAGGCGGCCGAUGCGCUCCGCAUGGAGGGGGCCAAGUCUGUGCUUGCCAAGGUGGACGCCACCGCAGAGCCGGGGUUGGCGGAGCGCUUCGAGGUGAAGUCGUACCCCACCUUGAAGUACAUCCUGAACGGAGGCGACCCCAUCGAGUACGACGGCCCGCGCAAGGCGGACGGCAUUGCCGAGUGGCUCAGGAAGCGCGAGAAGCCGGCGGUGGAGGAGAUCGCGGAGUCGGAGGCGGAGGCGUUCGUGGAGAAGGCAUUGGGUGCCAAUUCCUUCGCCGUCGUGGCGCACUUGAAGCAGAAGUCUGCUCGCGCAAAGGCCUUUUUCAAGUCCGCGGAGGCCCUGGCGGAUUACAAGGCCUCCAAGCUGAGGUUUGCCGCGGUGUGGCUGCCAAAGACUGCAGACCCCAAGAAGGACGCGCGCAUGGCGAUGUCCCGUCCCGGCAUGAGCGAUCCAGAUCCAAAGAAGUUGGAUUUCUCUGGGCCCUGGACGGAUGGCGGCAUCAGCAAGUGGGUCAAGCAGAGCACCUACGGCGCCGUGGGCAGCGAGUUCAAGCUCGAGAAGUACGGCGCGGAGGCAGUGGGCGCUGUUGGGGCCAAAGGUUCUGUUGUGGGCAUCUUCGAGGAUGAGGAGGCUGGCAAGGCUCUCGCCGCGACGCUUCACAAGGUGGCGGCGGCUGAGCCGCAGUGGCGCUGCACUGCAGUGCUGCGGAAGUCACUGGAUGCUGCGGAGGCGGUGGCCGACAAGGGUGGCGCAUCUCAGAUCACGGUGCUACACGGGGAGAAGAGGUACGUGCUGCAGGACGAUCUCACGCCAGAGGCGGUGAAGAAACUACUGGCGGACGUCUUGGCCAAGAAGGCGAAGCCGUACUACAAGAGCGCGCCGCCACCGGCGCAGGUGGUGGAAGACGGGGUCACUGUGCUCACUGGCGAAACCUUUGAGCAGAUUGCCAUGGACCCCAAGAAGGACGUCUUCGUGGAGUUUUACGCGCCUUGGUGCGGCCACUGCCAAAAACUCUCCCCGGUUUGGUCGGAGCUGGCCAAGAAGGUGGAGAAGGAUGGCUUUGCCAAGAAGGGCGUGGUGGUGGCCAAGAUGGAUUCCACGGCGAAUGAGUGCGAGGAGAGCGUCAGCGGCUUCCCCACGCUGGUGCUGUACCCGGCGGUGAAGAAGGAGAAGAAGAUGCGGCAGAAACUGAUCUUCUCGGGAGCCCGGGACUUCGACCCCUUGAUGGACUUCCUGGUAGAGAACGCGGUGAACUUGGAGGGCGUGGAGCUGGGUUUUGCGUCGUUGGGCAAGAAGCCUUCCCUGGCGCGGGGCCGAGGAGCUUUGAUGCGAGACUUUGCAGCCUGGGUCCAACGUUACGACCCAUCUGAAAGCUCUUGGGCUGAAGCCACUGGUUUAGGCAAGGGACCCUGUUGA